AUAGGCCGGCCAGCGCCUGGAAGGGCGUCCCGGGCCAGGUAGAGCUGAGCUGGAGCUUCCUGCGCGGCAGUGGCAGGGCUGUGAGCCUAUCUCCGUAGGGCGCGCAUGGCCACCCGGGUGCUGAGCGUGGGCGCCCGCCUGGCGCCCGAGGAGCCCGUCUUCGCGCAGCUCAAGCCCGUGUUGGGCGCCCGAGAGGCCGCACUCUUCCCCGGCGCGCCGCCCCAGGAGCUUAAGCCGCAGCCGCCGGGGAGUGGCGCCGAGGAGAUGGUGCAGACCCGAUGUGAAAUGGAGAAAUACCUGACGCCCCAUCUCCCACCGAUGCAUACCAUCCCAGAGCAUAAAAAGUACCGACGAGACAGUGCCUCCGUGGUCGACCAGUUCUUCACUGACAGUGACGGUUUGCCUUACAGCAUCAACAUGAACGUCUUCCUUCCAGACAUCACACACCUGAGGACGGGCCUGUACAAAUCGCAGAGGCCGCCCGUCGCCCAUAUCAAGACUGAGCCCGUCAACGCCUUCAGCCACCAGAGUGAAAGCGUUCCUUCUGCCCCCAACCCUACUCAGGCGCUGCCAGAGUUCACAAGCAUCUUCAGCCCCCACCAGACGCACGACGUGAACAAUAUCUUCAUCAAACAGGAGAUGCCCACUCCGGAUCUUCAUCUUUCUGUCUCCGCACCUCAGCAGGGCCAACUCUACCAGCUCCUUAGUUCUCCGGAUUUAGAUAUGCCCAACCCUACUACUCAAGCGGCGGUGAUGGACUCCCUCAACAACGUUUCUAUGUCAUCCACCAUGGCAGGCCUUAACACUAUGUCGUCUGGGAUGCCCCAGACGACAAUGAAGCCCUUCCAAGGGAUUCCUCAGUGCACAUACACGAUGCCAAAUCAAUUCCUUCAGCAGCAAGCCCCAUACUUCCCACCUUCUCCCCCAAGCUCAGAGCCUGGCAGUCCAGACAGACAGGCCGAAAUGCUGCAGAAUCUGAACCCCCCUCCAUCCUACGCUGCUACUAUUGCCUCGAAGUUGGUGAUUCACAACCCCAGUUUGCCUGCAAACCUCCCGAUGAGUACGUCUGCCAUGCCGCCUGUUAGAUACAACAGGAGGAGUAAUCCCGACUUGGAGAAGAGACGCAUUCACUACUGUGAUUAUCCUGGUUGCACUAAAGUAUAUACGAAGUCUUCCCACUUAAAAGCACACCUGCGGACUCACACUGGAGAGAAGCCAUACAAAUGCUCCUGGGAUGGAUGCGACUGGAGAUUUGCUCGCUCUGACGAGUUGACCCGCCACUACAGGAAGCACACCGGAGCCAAGCCAUUCCAGUGUGCAUUAUUCUGUCGCGGCAAUCGGCUCAGCCCCCCGGCCCUGCACCACUUGGCCCUGCACAUGAAGAGACAUCAGAACUAGGCCGGGACUUCUCUGUCACGAAGGCUGUUGAGUGGUAUCUAUGCAACGUCCUAGUGACUCGACUUUGAGCGUAUAUUUUCUAAAGUUAGAAAUUUAGAGUUAAGUAUUUGCGUAUGGACUCUUCUGCAUUUUAAAACAGGAAAGAAAAAAAACACCAGAAACUGGAAAUGUAUAUUUUGUAUAUUUAUGAGGAAACAGGGAAGACACUGUGUUGCCAUUCUUGGAAAGUGUCCUGCCAUUUUAAGGCUGUGCAGACUGGCUUUUCACAAGGUUUUCAUCUCAGGGCCACCUACCAUGAUCCAUAUUUUGCAGACAUGGCCCAGUUAGUGCCACAUAUGUACACACAAACAAAAAACGCUGUUGGAAUUGGUUGAAAAGCUGCAGUUCACAUGAAUGUCCAAGGCAGGAUUCUGUCGUUUUAUAGUUUCACUAGCUAUUCAGGCUUUCGGAUAACAUAUUCUGACAAGUUGUUUCCUCUUGUCCGUGGACACGAAAAUGACUGUAGGCAUAGCUGCACCACAGACUUAAAACUGAUUCAGUGUUCGAAUCACUUUUCCCAGAAACCAUGGGCACUCUGGGAGAGACGGAUGUUCUCUGCCCCACCAGUCUCCAGUUCUGUGAUUCCUUGGUGCAGGGGAAACACAGCAGUAAAACUGAUACAAGCUGAACCAAGACUUGCCCUAGCUCAUGUCUGCAAAAUGUGAUUUGGGAAGUGCCCCUAACUUUAAGUAUUAUGUCUCAGAUGCUCUGGUAUCUAUAUUUUAAGUGUCCUGACCAAAACACUGUUUUUCUUAUCUAAGCAGUGUUUAGGAAAUAUAACUUAAUUUGAUUUUACAGCCAAACAAAAAUUUUAAGGACAAGCCACGAUUUAUUUUUCUGUAAGAAUUUUACUGGAUGUUUUUAAUACUUGUGUUAUAUUUUAUAUUUUUUUCCCUUUCUGUGGAGAUGAGCUAUAUAGAGAGAAAUUCAUAAAUAGCCAUAGAACAAAACGUUCUGUAUGUUGCAUGUUUGUUAUGACAAAGAUUUUGUAAAUAUGCAAAUCAGCUUUUAAUGUUUAUUACAAAUGAGUUUUUUUUGUUUUUUAAAGAAGAAAGUUGGCUGCAGAAGUCACAGUCAUUUUACUUUUGAUAGUUUAACAUGGCACAUCUCUAAUUCAUUCAUUUUAAAUACCUCUCAAAAUGGUACCAUCUUGGCUGUCUUCAGUAAGUUAGCCAUUCAAACACUUUUUUCGUUUCUUAUUCACACAGAUGUGAUGCACUGAUUAUUCCAAACAGGAUCAAUUUUUUUUUACUUAGAUAUUUAAAAAGACAAAACAUUUGCAACAUAUAAACUGUAAAGUAGCUACUGGAAGUUUAAAUAACAAGGGUGGGUAUGAUACACAAACCAUCAAACCUCUUAAUAUAAGCUAAACUGAAUAUUGCUUUAAAAGGAAGGAUGUGAUUUUUGAAUAUUAAACCUCUAACCUGGCUGAACACAACUGAACAAAUUCCAUGUGAAUAUUGGCUUUUAUCCAACUGUGAUUAUGCCCCAGCCCAAGCCACAUGUAUAUGACCCAUGCAAAUAAGCUACAGUUGCACCAAACAGCUGUUUUGGGGGAGUAACAGCUGCUGGUGCAGUUCUGCAGGUUUUUUGGGAGUACUGCAUGCAUAAUUGCAAGAUGAAGUUAGGGAGCUGAGCACCCAGCACCUGUCUGUGUGUUUGUGAUUUUGUGAUUUCCCACCAUCCAGCGAUGCAGAAGCCUGUUUCUAUGAACCCAUGACUGUAUGCAGCAUUUCAGGCAAAAGACUUUCCUUAAUUAAGUUGUAAACAUUUUUUAAAGGUUAUUGGGCAAAUGCAUUGUCGCUCCAAUGGCGUAGGUCCUCUGUUGAAGAGGUUCUGAACAGCACACCCUGGCUUAGUUCAGUCAUCACACAAAACCAUGGUUUGUUUCCACUGUGGUUCACUUGUGCAAAUCUUGAUUUGCCUCAACAAGUUCUGGGUUAAUUGACUUCUCUCUACAGUUUGGACAGAUGGUAGUUAAGACUGAGUACAUUUAAUAAACCAGGUUCUCAUAUGUCUGAUCUUUGAUGGAUCUCAUUCAACCACAGUUAGUGGAAAGAUGUUGGCAUUCAGUCACACUGGUCCCAUUCAAUUUGAUUACACCUGGAUUUGGUGCAGUUUCUGAGCUGAGCCAAGUUCUUGCCCGUUCUUGUCAAGCCUUCAUCUUCCCCCCUCUUCCAGUUCUCUUCUCUUGAAACUGGUAGGAAGGCAGCACCAUUUUGAACUGCUUCUGCCUGUGUAUAUCUUUAUAUUACAGCGGAAAUAUCCAUCUUUGUGACCCUGUGUAGUCGUGGCCAAGAAGGAAAAAGAAAGAAUGAACCUCAAACUUGUGCCAAAUGUUUAGGAACUGAAUACCAAUGCCCAUUCUUUUAUGAAGGUAACAUAGUUCUAUUUUAUUCCCAAAUUAGAAAAAUGGUCUCAAGUUCUAGAUACUUAAACUGUACAUCAAAUAGCACAGUUCUGGACAGUAUUUUAAGAUAUCAGAAAUUCCUGUAGGUUACAGUCAAGUUCAGAUGUAGAAGUGGAACAGCUGCUGGGAAAAAGUAUGAAGUACUCCAAGGGGUGUUUACUCUCUUAUUUUAGGAAUAAGCUACAUGGCAAAGUAGUGGGGGAAAUCAAAGAUGUUUCCUUAAGCACAUAUGUAAAGAUUCUGGACUUUCCCGCUGCCUUUGCCUGGAUUAUACUCAUAUUCUUUAUUUAGGGCCUGGUUUACACAAGUCUUUGUGUGAAUUCCUAGUCUGACAUCCCACACUCUUGUGUGUCCACCAGAUUUUCUUGAGCUUCUCAGAUCUCUUGUGGAAAUUCCAGGAAACCUGAAAUGCUCUUUCAAAUGUAUUUCAGGUUUCCUUUUUUCCAACGGCACAUAUAAUCUGAUUUUUCUUUAAAUACAUCCAUUCUGAUGAGGUUUUAGGCAACCCAACACGCCCAUUGAAAGCCAGAGCCCUGGAAGAGCACAAGCUUAAAAUAGGAGAAAGGGCCGAGCUUUACUGAUGGAAACACAUUAUUGAAAUGUACUGGGUAUUUCUGUAUUCAGUUCCAUACAUCUUUCAACAAGGAAGCAGUUUGAGGUUCAUUGCUAAGCUUUAUCAUGAAUAUAUAGCAUUACUAAGAUCAUCUGAGCAUUGCAAGCUUGGGUUUAGUAACAGGCACAGUUCAAGCCAAUGAUUCUUAAAUCGGCUGGCAUUUUUUGCUUCCUUGUUACCCAGUGCAAGCACCCAGAGUUUGUUACGUAAACUGAAUUGGGAUAACAGUUUCAAGAAUUGGACAAUUCCCCACCUAACCCAAAUUACCCUUUGCUGCCAGGUGGGAAUUUGGUGUAUGUUUGUCUCCAAAAAAAAAAAAAAUGGAUGAAGAGAUUAAAACUAGGAGCUUCAUUUGUAGAAGUUGUUCAGAUUAUCUCCGCUAGUGAUCUCCAACAUGGUGCUUGUGGGGCCCUGUGAUGCCCCCGAAGAGAUUUCCUUGUGCUCAUUUUCUUCUUUCCCAAAGCAAAUGAUCAGUUUUGGCUUUCUUUCAUUUUGGAGCAGGAGAUGCUUCAAGAAAGGGAGGAGGAGGAGGAGGGCAUGCUCAUUCAGAAGCAGCUGAUGAAACUAGGUUUGGUAUUUCACAACUGGGCCCAGUACCCCAUGACAGCCAUUUUGUGGAAGUGCCCUAUACUCAAAAAUUCCAAAAGUGCUCAAAAAGACUGAGUCCCAAAGAUCUGUCAAAACUAAUUAACAGUGCAAUCCAGAGGGGGAGUAGUUGCGCCAGGGGCCUAAGAGGCCAGCAAUCCAACAUUGAUGCUCCCCCUGCAGAAGAGGUCUAUGGGCUACACCACUGUUUUUGCUGGAGUCAGUUGGCUCUGGCAAAUGGGGGUGUUCCAAGGCUGAAAGGGCUCAAGACGUUAACUAAUGCUGGCCCCGCUCUGGGAAUGCUCCUUUUAGUUCUGGUUCAGGGCCCUGUGCCAUGGAGUGCUGCCAUUAUGGCUGCCCUGGUGCUCGGACAUCACACUGCCACGUGGCUCCCCAACACCAGUGUAAGUGCCCUGACUCCAGCAUCAGUGGCCCUUUCACUGGCACAAGUGGCAUUCAUGUCAGCUUCAUGCUGCUUCCUGAACGGGUUUGCCACCCCCCUUGGAAUGUGCUGUAAGCCAUGCAGGUUAAGGCUACGAUCCAGGAAAGUGCACAGCACACAGUGCCUGUGCAGCAGGGUUGCUCAUUCCCUGGUUGAUAAGGCGUUUUAGAAAUUGAUGGCAGAACAAUAAGGUUGGGCCGUUUCACUUGUUACUUGGCCCCAAGGAUCUACCUACCUAGGCCGAGGAGGGAAUGGUCUCACUCCAUGGUGAGCGGACUGGUUCCUAGUGCUACCCAAAAAUGCAAAAGGCCUGGUGUGCACUCAAAAGCCCCCACAAGUGCUUAUAGGGUCUCUCUGUGCUGCAAGCCAUUGGCUUGGAUCCAACAAUAUGCAAGCGGAAACACAAAUUGACUUGACACAGUUGCCCUUGUGCUUCUCUUCCUCCAUAUCUCAGUGUCUAGAUAGAAAUUGGUUGACAACUUUUUUUGUGCCAGUGGAAACACAAGUGAGGAUAUUGCAGGUUGGACUUUGUGGCAGCCAUUUGUGCUUUGUCCUUGUGUUCUACUUGUACGAGAGCCCAAAAGCAAAAUUUGUGCAGGCUCCAACCCAUUGAGACGUAGUGCCACACUGUCAAACCAAAGGGUAGCGCUACAGUAACUAAAUGACAUGCCAAAAAAAAAAAUGUGUCUCAAAGCAAAACUUUGUUCAGAUAUUGUUUGUGUCUUUUAUUUAUUUUUUUGUGGUAUAUGAUAGACAUUUUUUAGAAAAACAAUUUUUUUCCAUAAACUUGAUAAAUUAAAGUUGUUAUAGCUUUUUAAAAAAAGUUAAAAAAGCAUUGCUCUUAACUGUAAAUAGUUGAUGGGGAGGAAAAAAGAUGUAUAUAAUUUUUUUUGUAAGGCUUCAAAUGUUUAGUUAUUUUUUUUGGGGGGGGAGACCCCCAAAGCAUAUAUUGGUUGCUGUUUUGCUGCUUCCCCUCAUUUCUUCUUUUUUCUUCCUUGGUCCUUAUUUUUUUAUGGUGAUAUAUCCUAUGCAAAUGAUCAAGCAGACAGCUGUAUCUUUGUUGAAAGAGAAUGAAAUGGUUUAUAUAUAAAUAUAUAUAUAAAAAGACUUUCUUUUGGAAAAUAAAUCAAAAGUGCCUAAAA